UGAGACUUUAAUUGGAUAUUUUUCAUAGACCACAGAGCAAGAGUGUUUAUUUUUACAAAUUAAUACACAGUGAGUGAUCCUUCUGUAGCUGAAAGCAGAAAGAAAAAACUACUAUACCUCGCCAAAUCGAUUGCCCAAGACGAAUUCUCGAAAUUUUGCAACAUUAAUUUACAAAAAUUGAGUGCAUCAAAGAAUAUGUGUCAAGAUAUCCACAUAAAACCAACCAGAUGAGUCCGUUUCGAUCGAAAAAAGUCAAAUCAUUCCCCGUAAAAGUUAUCACUUUUGAGUCCGAGCUAGAGUUCAAUCUUGAGUACAAAGCAACUGGACAGGAUUUGUUUGAUUUGGUUUGUCGAACAAUAGGCUUGCGGGAGAGCUGGUACUUUGGCUUGCAGUAUGAAGACGUUCGUGGGAAGGUUUCGUGGCUCAAAAUGGACAAAAAGGUCAAGGAUCAGAAGAUCAAUCUGAGCGGUGGAAAUUGUGUGUUCAAUUUCUAUGCGAAAUACUUUCCGGAGAAUGUGAGCGAGGAACUUGUUCAGGAAAUAACUCAGCACUUGUUCUUUUUGCAAGUCAAACAAAGUAUUUUGUCAAUGGAUAUCUAUUGUCCACCGGAGGCUUCUGUGUUGUUGGCUUCGUAUGCGGUGCACGUUCAAUACGGGCCAUACGACUAUGAGACCUACAAGGAAGGAAUGUUGGCUGAUAUUGAUCUAUUGCCUCGACGAGUAGUUGAUCAAUAUCAGAUGACACCUCAAAUGUGGGAGGAGCGUAUUAAAACAUGGUACAUGGAUCAUGAACCUAUGACAAGAGAUGAAGUCGAAAUGGAGUAUUUAAAAAUCGCACAAGACUUAGAUAUGUAUGGAGUAAAUUACUUCCCAAUAACGAAUAAAAAUAAAACGAAACUGUGGCUUGGUGUUACUGCAAUGGGCCUCAACAUUUACGACGAACUUAACAAACUAACGCCGAAAACUAUGUUUCAGUGGUCUGAAAUACGAAACGUUAGUUUUGACGAUAAGAAAUUCACAAUCAAGCUAGUAGACACAAAAGCCUCAAAUUUUGUCUUCCUAUCACAAGAUCUUCACAUAAACAAAUUAAUACUCGAUCUCUGUAUGGGUAAUCAUGACCUUUACAUGAGAAGACGAAAGCAGGACACAAUGGAAAUACAACAGAUGAAAGCACAAGCCAAGGAAGAGAAACAACGGCGACAGAUCGAGCGCACUAAGUUCUUAAGAGAGAAAAACUUAAGGGAAAAAGCCGAAAUGGAGAGAAUCGAUAUGGAAAAGCGUUUAGAUCAACUGAGAGCCGAUAUGAUGGCGGCCAGUGAUGCCCUACGUCUCUCAGAAGAAACAAAGGAUUUGUACUUUGAAAAAAAUCGCAUCAACGAAGAACAAGUUCAACUUACCGAAUGCAAGGCAAAUCGAUUCAAAAUUGAAAUGGAUCGCCUUCGAGAAAGUCAUUUAAAGACUGAAAAUGAAAAGGCGGAGCUGGAGAAAAAAAUUCGUGACGUCGACUAUUAUGUCCAGCAAUUAACUCUCGAAAAAGAAAGCAGAACCGCCGAAGCAGAAAAACUAAAACGAGAAUUAAAAUCUGCCAGGCUGGCCGAGCGUGAAGCAAAUGCCAAAUUAUUAAGUUUCUUAAACCGCAACGUACAAUACUCCAUAGAGCCAUCAAUUAUAUCGGGUUCGAGUCGAUCUGAAUCAUUGCCAUCGGAAAUGUCCGAAACAGUUUCUAAAGACUUUUACAUAUCAGAAAAGGAAAUGGAGCAAAUUUCGAAUGAAAUCGAAAAGAGUCGACUUGAAUAUUUGGAAAAGUCAAAAGUGAUGCAAUGCCAAUUGAGAACUCUACGCUCAGAAAUAGAACUGCUCAAAAUCGACGACAAUCAAUGCCCUUUGGAUAUUAUAAGUGCCGAACAACUUAAGUCCGGCGAAACCAAAUAUUCCACAUUGAAAAAACUUAAAUCGGGUUCAACGAAAGCGAGAGUGGCGUUCUUUGAGGAGCUUUGAUAAACAUUACAUUUUCGAUUUCAUUUGGGGGAUAAUAUUUUCCAAGAUUAUUUAUAAAGCAUAACGGGUGUGCUUGGGAAAUAUUCGUAUUUCAUGUAUAUAGUUAAGGAUUUUUUUUUAAAUAAACUUCAUCGUUAUUUUUAAACUAACAAAAAAUAACAUAAUUCUAAAAUAUA